GGCGGCGGACUGGCUUCAGUCGCUUGUGAGUCGCUGAGGUAUAAGUUCCUUUGCUGGUUGUCCUUGUGUUGUGGUUGGUUGAGCCAGGGAGCGAGAGAAUCUCGGCGAGGGGAUGGCGGCGGCAGUGAGGACGGCCGCCGCUAUGGGCAGACUCCUGGCUUUGGCGCUGCUCGGGCUCAUGGCGCCCUCGGCCGCGCUGGCUGGCUACAUCGAGGCACUUGCAGCAAAUGCAGGAACGGGGUUUGCUGUAGCUGAGCCUCAAAUUGCAAUGUUUUGUGGAAAGUUGAACAUGCAUGUCAACAUUCAGACUGGGAAAUGGGAACCAGACCCAACAGGAACCAAGACCUGUUUUGGAACAAGAGAGGAAGUUCUUCAGUAUUGUCAGGAGAUGUAUCCAGAACUUGAGAUCACCAAUGUGAUGGAAGCAAACAAACGGGUGGUGAUUGACAACUGGUGCAAGAAAGGCAAGAAGCAGUGCAAGCCUCGCUCUCACAUUGUUAUUCCCUACAAGUGCAUUGUUGGUGAGUUUGUGAGUGAUGUUCUGCUGGUCCCAGAGAGGUGUCAGUUUUUCCAUAAAGAAAAAACAGAUGUGUGCGAGUAUCACCAGCACUGGCAUGCUGUAACAAAAGAGGCAUGUAUGUCUCAGGGAAUGACCUUGUACAGUUAUGGUAUGCUGCUACCCUGUGGGCUGGACCAAUUUCAUGGCACUGAGUAUGUGUGCUGCCCCCAAACCAAAGUAAUUGAAUCCAUUUCCUCAAAAGAGGAAGAUGAGGAUGAGAAAGACGAUGAAGAAGAAGAUGAAGAUUAUGACAUUUAUAAGAGUGAAUUUCCUACUGAAGCAGAUAUAGAAGACUUCACAGAAGCAGCUGUGGAAGAUGAUGAGGAAGAAGGAGAUGAAGAAGAAGAAGAAGAAGUUGUAGAAGAUCGUGAUUAUUAUUAUGAUAACAACUACAAAGUAGAUGGCUACAUUGAAGAGACUCCAACUGAACCUAGCAGUGAUGGAACUCUCUCUGAGAAGGAAAUAACUCAUGAUGUUAAAGCUGUCUGCUCCCAGGAAGCGAUGACAGGGCCCUGCCGGGCCGUGAUGCCCCGUUGGUACUUCGACCUCUCCAAGGGAAAAUGCGUGCGCUUUAUAUAUGGCGGCUGCGGAGGCAACAGGAACAAUUUUGAGUCUGAGGACUAUUGUAUGGCUGUGUGUAAAACGAUGAUUCCUCCAACUCCUCUGCCAACCAAUGAUGUUGAUGUGUAUUUCGAGACCUCUGCAGAUGACAAUGAGCAUGCUAGAUUCCAGAAGGCUAAGGAGCAGCUCGAAAUUCGGCAUCGCAAUCGCAUGGACAGAGUAAAGAAGGAAUGGGAAGAAGCAGAGCAUCAAGCUAAGAACCUUCCUAAGGCAGAAAGACAGACCCUGAUUCAGCACUUCCAAGCAAUGGUUAAAUCUCUAGAGAAGGAAGCAGCCAGUGAGAAGCAGCAGCUGGUGGAGACUCACCUGGCUCGAGUGGAAGCCAUGCUGAAUGAUCGUCGCCGCAUGGCUCUAGAGAAUUACCUGGCUGCCUUGCAGUCUGACCCACCACGGCCUCACCGAAUCCUCCAGGCCUUAAGGCGUUAUGUUCGUGCUGAGAACAAGGAUCGCCUACAUACCAUCCGCCAUUAUCAGCAUGUAUUGGCAGUUGACCCAGAAAAGGCUGCCCAGAUGAAAUCCCAGGUAAUGACACAUCUCCAUGUGAUUGAAGAGAGAAGAAAUCAGAGCCUGUCCCUCUUAUACAAAGUACCUUAUGUUGCCCAGGAAAUCCAGGAAGAAAUUGAUGAACUACUUCAGGAACAGCGUGCUGAUAUGGAUCAGUUCACCUCAUCCAUCUCAGAGUCUCCAGUAGAUGUCCGAGUCAGUUCUGAAGAAAGUGAUGAGGUUCCACCUUUCCACUCCUUCCAUCCUUUCCCAUCCUUACCUGAGAAUGAAGACACCCAGCCGGAUUUGUACCACCCAAUGAAAAAAGGGUCUGGUGUGGCAGAGCUAGAUGGACUGAUUGGUGCUGAAGAGAAAGUGAUUAACAGCAAGAAUAAAGUGGAUGAGAAUGUGGUCAUUGACGAAACCCUGGAUGUUAAAGAAAUGAUUUUCAAUGCUGAGAGAGUUGGAGGACUUGUGGAAGAGCCGGACUCUGAAGGAUCACUACGAGAUGACUUCAGCCUAAGUAGCAGUGCUCUCAUUGGCCUGCUGGUCAUUGCAGUAGCUAUUGCUACUGUCAUCGUCAUCAGCCUGGUGAUGCUGAGGAAAAGGCAAUAUGGCACCAUUAGCCAUGGGAUUGUGGAGGUUGACCCAAUGCUCACUCCUGAGGAGCGCCACCUGAACAAGAUGCAGAACCACGGCUAUGAGAACCCAACUUACAAAUACCUGGAGCAGAUGCAGAUUUAA